AAAUACUGAAUUCCCAAAUUCUUGCAUCGCAGCAGAAAAAAGUCUUCACAAUCAAUCCAAAGUAAACCCAAUCUCAAAAUUCAAUCGCCAGCAACAUUAAUUUCCCCUCCCUUUCUCUCUCUGACUGAUUGCGCGAUUACAUGAAAUCCGAUCUGAUCUGGCCGCAAUGAGGUGGCGCGAUUCGGUCCACGGCGGGGCGUGAUUGAGAUGCAGCCGGGCGACAAUCCACCGACACUUCCGUUUCCACUCAGUCCAUUGCUGCUAUUGAAUGCCGGUGAUUUCGGCGACGGAGGCUUUGAAUUGUCGCGCUAUUUGUUCCUAGGAUCGCUGCUCUUCUCGCGACAAGCAGGCGGCAUGGACUUGUCCAAAGUCGGGGAGAAGAUCUUCAGCUCAGUUCGCUCCGCGCGCUCGAUUGGCCUCCUGCCUCCCCCCUCCGAUCGUCCCGAGGUUCCAGCACGAGCAGCAGCAGCUGCAGCUGUGGCCCGUGUUCUUGCUGGACUACCUCCACAUCAAAGACAUAAUAUUUCAAGCUCUGAUGGACUGAGUUUCAUAGAUGGGAGCAAUUCUCAAGGUCAAGCUCUAGAUGAGCUUGAGAAGGAAUUUUAUGAGGAGGAGUUUGAUCCUGUUAGACACAUUUUAGAACAAAUCCCCUCGGAAGAAAAGGAACCAGCAUAUUUCGAGGAGCAGGCUGCUCUUCGAUUAGCGCAACUGGAUAGAAUUUCUGAGCACUUGUCGCGUCAUGUAAUGGAACAUCAUGAACAAAUGGUAAAUGGGAUGAAUCUGGUCAGAGAGUUGGAGAAGGACUUGAAGAUUGCAAAUGUUAUUUGCAUGAAUGGGCGAAGACACCUUACCUCUUCAAGGAAUGAGGUAUCUAGGGAUCUAAUUGUUACAGAAAGUUCAAAGAAGAAGCAAGCGCUAGUGGGCAUGAUUCCCAUCUUGUCUGAGCUUCGUCAUGCUGUGGACUUGCAAGUUGCUCUUGAUACUUGUGUUGAGGAAGGGAGUUUCACUAAGGCUUUCCAAAUACUGCCGGAGUAUUUACAACUUUUAGAUAGUUUAUCAAACCUUUCGGCUGUGCAAGAGAUGAGCCUUAAUAUUGAGGUUUGGUUGGGGAAGACUCUUCAGAAGUUGGAUUCAAUUCUAUUAGAAGUGUGCCAGGACUUCAAAGAGGAUGGCUAUCUCACUGUGAUUGAUGCAUAUGCUUUAAUUGGUGAUGUUUCUGGUCUAGCUGAAAAAAUACAGAGCUUCUUCAUGCAGGAGGUUCUCUCUGAAAGUCACUCAACCUUGAAGACCAUUUUGCAAGAGGACUUUGAAAAUUCAAAUACCCAAAUUACGAGGCUAACAUACAGUGAUUUGUGCACCCAAAUACCCGAGUCCAAGUUUAGGCAGUGUUUACAAGCAAUGAUAGCUGUUCUGUUUAAGCUGAUGUGUUCGUACUAUGUAAUUACUAACUUCAAACUCGAAGACAAAGUGCCAUCCUGCCAUAACCCUAGUGGUAAUCAACAUGGUAUUCUAUCUGGGGUCUCCGAGGAUACUGCCAAAGAAGUUUCUUCUUCUCUGACAGAAGAAGGCUCAGUUAUUGCAUCCGUUCAGAGAGGAUCUCGUUCCUCCUCAGCAGAAGUGAGUUUGACGUCUGUAACACAUGCUGAACGAACUCAAGGUCCUAUACGCGAAGAUCAUUCAACUGAUGAGGGAAGAGAUGAUGGAAGUGCAGCAUCAAGUAGUGGGUCCCCAUGGUUCUUGCUGCGAAAAGAUGCCUUGACGUUUGUUUCACUUGCCUUACAAAGGGGAUGUAGGAACCUUUGGCAGCUUACAACAAGCCGUAUUUCAGUUUUGCUUUCUUCUCCAGCAGUUUCUUCUACCAGCAUUCAUCAAUUUUUGAGAAACUAUGAAGAUCUAAGUAUAUUCAUUUUGGCUGGGGAAGCUUUUUGUGGAACUGAGGCUAUUGAGUUUCGUCAGAAGGUUAAAUCCAUUUGUGAAGGUUAUUUUGCUGCAUUCCAUCGUCAGAAUAUUUACGCCUUAAAAAUGGUGAUGGAGAGGGAAAAUUGGCAGAUUUUGCCACCAGACACGAUUCAAGUGGUUAGUUUUCCAGGACUGGUUGGUGAUGGAGCAGCUCUCCUUGUUUCAUCUGUCAGUUCUCCCCGUGCACAAUUACUACAUGACAGUAAAUCAGUUGGACUAGCUAGUGGGUCGAAGAAGGGUGGAUUUUCAUAUUGGCUUGAAAAUGGUAAGCUGUUUUUGCCAAAAGUGAUCGGCAGUUCUGAGGAGUAUUCCGACUCCUUCCAGUCCAAUGGUUUGGCCACACAAGGAUCUGGAAAUACUAAUAAGAUACCCAGGCAAACUAAAUCAUCCUCUGAAGUAGACACGAACCAUGUCAACGGGACUACUCCAGAAGAAGAAAAUGAGGAUCUUCAUGCAGAUUUUAUUGAUGAAGAUAGUCAGCUUCCGAGUCGUAUUUCCAAACGCGGUCAUUCAAGGCAUAACUCUUUAAGUGGGAACAAUGAAGAUUCGAUGGCACAAACAGGAUCCUCCCUUAGUGUCCUGAGAUCGAUGGACAAAUAUGCACGGUUGAUGCAGAAAUUAGAGAUUGUCAAUGUUGACUUUUAUAAGGGAAUUUGCCAAUUGUUUGAGAUAUUUUUCUACUUUGUGUUUGAGACAUUCUGUGAGCAUAAUGCUCCAGCUAGUGGAAAAGGCAUUCCUCACAAGGUAAAAACUGCAAUAGCAAGAAUUUCGCAAGAGUGUGACCAGUGGAUAAAACAUCAACCAGUAUCAACAUCUUCGUCAUCCCCAACAUCUUCAAGUCCAUUCACUCACAUGGAUGUUACCCCUAUGAGUCCUCCCAGUCAUGUGAAUCAUACUUCUUUCGGACUGAAGGAAAGAUGUUCUGGGGCUGACACUAUAUCUCUUGUUGCUCAAUUAUUGCAUAGAUCCAAAACGCAUUUGCAAUCAAUGCUUCCACGCAAAUAUGCAGCACUAGUGGAGGACUUCUAUUUUCACAUGGUUAAUGCUGUGCCUGAUCUUACUCAGCUUAUUCAUAGGACAACAGCAAAAUCGCUACUGCACAUCAAUGGGUAUGCUGAUCGCAUUGCCAAUGCUAAAUGGGAGGUGAAAGAGCUUGGAAUGGAGCAUAAUGGGUAUGUUGAUUUAUUACUGGGCGAAUUUAAGCACUACAAAACGAGGAUUGCUCAUGGGGGUAUCAGGCAAGAGGUUCAAGAUCUCCUCUUAGAAUAUGGACUUGAAAAUGUUGCUGAAACUCUGAUCGAGGGCCUAUCUAGGGUGAAGAGGUGUACUGAUGAAGGACGAGCACUCAUGUCGCUCGAUCUCCAGGUUCUAAUAAAUGGCCUAAAGCAUUUUGUCACAAUCGAUGUACAGCCAAAAUUGCAUAUAGUGGAAACUUUCAUCAAGGCGUACUACCUUCCAGAAACCGAAUAUGUCCACUGGUCGCGUGCUCAUCCGGAAUAUAGCAAGAGUCAAAUAGUGGGGCUUAUCAACCUCGUCGCGACAAUGAAGGGCUGGAAAAGAAAAACCAGGUUAGAGAUCUUAGAGAAGAUAGAAUGAUGUUAUGUUUUCGUUGAUGUAUUGCUUUUUUGAGCCUUGAAAAUUUUGCGAUCAUUUUUCACCAAUUUUCGUAUUUAUACAUAUAUAAAUUCUGCACUACACAAUUUUUAUAGGAUCCAAUUGAGGUUGUAUAUGUGUCUAAUCUGUAAUAUAUAUUCUCCCCUGUCAAGGGUAAGUUUUUGUAUAUUUUGGAUUAA